AGACGACGUUCGAUUCUUUGCUGUCGAGGAGGCUCUUCUUUUCAGCCAUAUUUUUAUGUGAAAUGUAUGUAGUUCAUGUCGAACCGCUGACCAAAAUGGCGCACACACAAAACGGAUUCGGAUCGAUUCGACCCCGUUCUGUAUCGUGAAAGACCGGAAAAAAACCCUAGCCGCCGAUCCGUAUAAAGGUUCCCAAGAUGGUGAGGAGCUUUCCUUUGCCACGGGAAGGCGUUGAAGAAGGCGAAGUCUGCUGCAAUGGUGUCUGGGUCGGGGUUGUGCGCGCGACGGGUGGUGGUGGACGCGCGUCACCACAUGCUAGGACGGCUGGCGUCAAUCGUCGCCAAGGAGCUCCUCAACGGGCAGCGGGUCGUGGUCGUCCGCUGCGAGGAGAUCUGCCUCUCCGGGGGCCUCGUCCGCCAGAAGAUGAAGUACCUCCGCUUCCUCCGCAAGCGCAUGAACACCAAGCCAUCGCACGGCCCCAUCCACUUCCGCGCCCCCGCUAAGAUCCUCUGGCGCACCAUCCGAGGGAUGAUUCCUCACAAAACGAAGCGUGGGGCUGCGGCGCUAGCAAGGCUCAAGGCGUAUGAGGGUGUGCCGCCACCUUACGAUAAAACAAAGAGGAUGGUUAUUCCGGAUGCCCUCAAGGUAUUGAGGCUUCAGCCUGGGCAUAGAUAUUGUUUGCUAGGUCGACUGUCAUCGGAGGUUGGAUGGAAUUACUAUGAUACGGUUAAGGUGCUCGAGGCAAAGAGGAAAGAGAGGGCCAAGGUGGCUUAUGAGAGGAGAAAGCAGCUCACAAAGCUUAGGUUGAAGGCAGAGAAGACUGCCGGGGAGAAGCUCGGCUCCCAGCUUGACAUCCUUGCGCCACUGAAGUACUGAGUUGAUUACAUCCCUUUUUCCAUAAACAUCAGGAGCCUUUCUGUCAUUUUUAUUUGGUCAGACUAAAGCUUAUCCUGGUUUGGUUGUGUAAUCUGCAACAUCAGAUUUCUUAAAAUUACGCUUUAUUUUGGACAGGUCUAAUGCUUUGCAGGAACACACGGUUAAAAUCCAUCGUAGUAUGUUCUGCUGUGCUUAAUGUUCACCUUAUAGAAACUUGAUGCUUCUUA